AUGAGGGCGCUAUCAAUAUUUAAAGAGCAUCUCAAGAUUAAGAAGAUCAUAGAGACGAUUGCAAGGAGUGGGCUAGGCAUGGAAGGAUUCUACUCUGCUCCAUCAUCUCCAGAACCAGAACAUUACUGGGACGCUGCUACAUCAUUAGAUCAGGAGUUGAGCUCGAGCGAGGAUGCUGAAAAUGAGGCUAAUGAGAGGACUAGAAGAUUUCAUUUCCUCGACACUUCUGUUCGUCUCUAUCAAGCAGCCCUAAAAGGUGAUUGGUCAGCUGCUAAGGAUGUAUUUGAUAAAUAUCCAGAUGCCAUUACAUAUCCCAUAACAAGACAGAAGGAUACAGUUCUUCACAUCGCGGCUGCAGCAAAGCGCACCGAUUUUGUAAAAGAAUUAGUGAAACUGAUGAAUCCAAGCGACUUAGAAAUAAAAAAUAAACAAAACCAUACAGCCAUUUGCUUCGCUACUGCAUCAGGAAUCGUGGCAAUUGCGGAGGAGAUGGUGAAUAAGAACAAUGAACUGCCACUGAUUCGUGUUAGUAAUGGAUCAAUCACGCCGCUUUACAUGGCAGCUUUGCAAGGACGUAGAAACAUGGUGGCUUAUCUAGACUCUGUCACUGCUUUUGAACGUUUGACUCCUCUUGAACGCAUUGACAUCCUGGUUGCUUCUAUUUCCAGUGAUUUGUAUGAUAUAGCAUUAAAAAUUCUGAAAAGAGAUCCAGCAUUGGCAACAAUGGAGAAUACAUAUGGGAAGAUAGCAUUGCAAGAGCUAGCCAAAAAACCUUAUGCAAUCGGCAGCAAAAGUCAGCUAUCCGUCUGGGAAAGAUGCUUAAACUCCUGGCCCUUCCGAGGGAUCUACAGCAAAGCUUUGAUGCGUAUAAUAGCCCAUCAAUUAGUUGAUCUACUCUGGGAAAACUUUCGACAAUUGCCACAGAAAAAAUUCAGAAAGCUGGUUCAUGACCAUUCCUCUUUUCUUUUUGAUGCUGCAAGAUCAGGGAAUGUUGAGUUUCUAAUUAUACUUAUACGCUCCUAUCCUGAUCUCAUAUGGAGCGUAGACCAGAAUAAACGUAGUAUAUUUCACCUUGCUAUUAAAUAUCGGCAAGAGAAUGUAUUCAAUCUAAUAUAUGAGCUAGGUGCUAUCAAGGAUAUCAUCGCACUCUACACUGACCAAAACAAUAACAACAUGCUGCACUUAGCCGCGGAAAUAGCUCCUGAUAUUCCAAACCGAUUAAAUAUCGUAUCAGGAGCAGCACUUAACAUGCAACGAGAGCUAUUGUGGUUUAAGGAGAUAGAAACCAUUGUGCAACCUUCAUACACGAAGAAGGUGAAUUUAGAUCUAAAAAAGAAUCCCAGGGAGUUAUUUACAAUCACACAUGAACAUUUACAGAAGGAAGGUGAAAAGUGGAUGAAGGACACAGCAAACUAUGGCAUGCUUGUGGCGGCACUGAUUGCCACGGUAGUUUUCACUGCGGCCUUUGCUGUACCGGGUGGCAACAAUCAAGAACUAGGCAUUCCUAUUUUACUUAGAAGCAACUGGUUUUUGGCUUUCUUCAUAUCAGAUGCAAUUGCAUUGCUCUCCUCAUCAACAUCAAUAUUAAUAUUCUCAUCAAUCCUCACAUCACGCUAUGCCGAAAAGGAUUUCCUUCACUCAUUACCUGCAAGGUUGUUGCUUGGACUCACAACACUUUUCAUCUCUAUAGCAAGCAUGGUGGUAGCUUUCAGCGCUACCUGCUUUCUGGUCUAUGACAGUGAAAUCGCAAGUGUUCCAAUUAUUAUAAUAAGUUUGGCUUGCAUUCCUGUUACAAUGUUUUUCAUUUUACAUUAUAGACUUUGGGCGGAUAUAUUCCGCUCAACGUAUGGUUCUAGGUUUCUUUUCCGACCACGUGAACGUAGACUUUUCUAG